ACACACUGGGGGAGCGUGGUGCGAUUUCCUUUAACGUCAGGUCAGCACAGGAACAGACAGAGUAUGUUUGUGACUGCGCAGUAACUUGUCCUCACUCACUCUUUCAUUCAACAGCUUCGCCCUCUCUCUCUUUCUCUGCAGCUUCAGUUUCCACAUAUUUAAUUCUUAAUUGAGACCUAAACCCCUGCUUCUUUGGAAAUGGAGUCUCAUUCAACAUCGCCGCAGUCUGCUGCCCCUUCUCAGUCUGCUCCAUUAUCACCGUCUUCUGCAAUUCUUCACUCUCCUGAAGAUAUUACGAUGAGGGAGCGUUCUCCUUCGCCAAUGAGAGGGUUCCUUAUCCCCAGCCCAUUACCAACCAGGAGGACCCGAACUAAGUCUGCAACUGCUCGCGCAGCAGAAGGACCAGUCUUCAAAGGAACCUGUAAAUGCUUUUCCCGUUCGAAAGGUCAUGGAUUUAUCACCCCUUUGGAUGGAGGACCAGAUAUCUUUGUUCAUAUCUCUGAUAUCGAAGGAGAAUAUGUGCCAAUGGAGGGAGAUGAGGUCUCUUACAAGCUGUGUUCCAUUCCUCCCAAAAAUGAGAAGGUGCAGGCUGUUGAAGUGGUCAUCACCCACCAAGCACCGGGAACAAAGCAUGAAACAUGGUCUGGACAUGUCAACUUAUAAGAAUGGUCAACUGUCGUAACCUUCUAUCCAGCAUGGAGGUUUAAGUAUGAGCAAAUAUCAGAGUUAUGUAUUUGAGCAGUAGGCUGAGUGUUUGCAGAAUUAAAAAAGAACUUUUACAAGGUAUGGUGUUUUGAACAUACAAAAGUUAUUCAUUAAACAAUAAUUGGUUAUCACUCAACCUUUCCAUAAUUUUUAUAAAGGUCUCUGAGCCAGUGAAUAUACAUAUGGCACUUUGUAUCAGGGAAUCAUGCUGUACAUUUGUCUCCUCUCUAUCUGAAGAAUGUGUGCAGAAAAUAGUUGUCACUCAAACAAGCAUGUUAAAAGCUGCAUUUUCUUAUGAAACAGCUGUGAAUUGGAAACUUAUUUCAAUCUGUGUUGCCCUACAAACACAUUUAGUUGGCCUUAGUUCCAUUUGAAUCAUUUCCACCGCAAAUCAUGCUUGUAAUUUAUUUGAUUUAAUCAUUUUUUAAGAAGUAUUUACUCUCUAAUAUUUUCUACUUAGCUCUGCUGUGGUCUGCAUGAUCCAUUGCUGAAGGCUCAUUUUGUCAGCAGGUGAUUGGCCUUUGCCAAACCCCUCCAAACUUGCCAGCAGGAGGUGAAAGAACACCAUGGUUUCCCCUCUGUCAAUGCAAUGUGUAUGUGAACUCAACAUGAUCAUGCCUUGUCACUCAGUAUUGUCAAUCUCCUAUAGUGUACAGUAGUUAAAAUCUCUGAUAUUUCAAUACCCAUGUUAAUCCAACACUGUUAAUAUCUGGCUGGCUGGGGUCUAAUCACCAGCCCAUAAUGUUUUUGAUCAGUACAGUUUUAAAGAAAACUGAUCAUAUUUCCUAAGCUUUAUUGUGUAUUGCAUGAUUGCAAACACAGGUAUGAGCCGGGUUACCAACUGUAUGUAGUAUCAAGGUGGCUGUUACUGCUGUGAAAUUUGUAUAUACCAUCUGACGUUGUUAGUAUAAAUACACACACACACGUCUGUAGGGUUUUGGGCUAAAGAAAAUAUGGCACAUCCAUGACGUUCUUAUGAGUUUUUAUUUUUGUCAACUACGUAGAAUAUUGCAGUAGUUAGUUACUGGGAAACUUUUUUUUAAAAUAGACUCCAAUUGUGUUUAAAAGUGACAUGGCAAAAGUAGCUUGACAGCUUAUUCUUUUGCUUAUACUUUUUCACAAGGCAGUAUAAGGUCUUGCAAAUUUGAGAUUAAAAUUGAAUUUUUCAGUGCUGUAAUAUUAUUGCAGUCUUUUAAAUCUGACAAGUUUCACCCAGAUAAUUAAUCAAGCAAACCAAGAUUUGUUCAAUGUUGUGAUUCUCAAAUGGAUAAGGAAUGGGUGGUCAAAUAAUGGUGAAAGACAGGCUGAGAUUGGAAAAUAUUAUUUCAACUUAAUGCUCAUGUCCAUUUAAUUCAGGAUGGAGGUUGAUUUCUUGUAUUUAUCCAGAGAGAGGCAUUUCUUGUCAAAUUUACCCUUUUUUAAUUCAAAAGUUACCAAACCCUGAACAGUGUAAUGAAACAUUUAAGAAAUGAAUUUACAUUUAAAAUUAACAAAAUAGAUGUUUGGUUUGUUGUGUAAAAGAGGCUUUUAAAGAUUUGUGCACAAACAUUACCGUCAUGUUGUGGAACCGGCUUGAAUUUUAAAAAAUACAAUUUUUCAGAUUAACCGUUACAAUUUUGCGUAGCUAUUGGUGUCUACUUGAAGAUGAGGUUAAAAGUCUAUUUCAAUAAGCUCUCGUCUUUAAUUCUGUGCUGUUUUAAGAGUUGAGGGUUCCAGUAGAGUGAUGUGGAUUUAGAGAUUAUGAUUUUUCUUUCUGCAAGUCUCCCAGUCACUUCCCUUUCUUUUAAACUGCUCUAGGUCAAUAUUAAAUGUAGAAAAUUCUCAACUCAUGGGUAGCAGGCAAUAAAAUAUUUGCACUGCAUAUUGAUUUAAAACCCAAGGUUAUUGCUGAUACCAGAAAAUGUCUGGAUCCUGGAUACAUGGAGGCCUCCAGCAUUUCCAUUCAAAAAUAUCAGUGAAGGCAGGAUUGGUUGCACCUCUUAUAAAGGUAUUUGAUGUAAAACAGCCUAAUGGUGUUGCUGUGUCUUUUUCAAAUAUUUUGCUUUUUGUGAUGAAUGUUUUAAUUUGGUUUUUCUUCAGUGCCUUAGUCUUUGAUAAAACUAUUUGGACAAAAUAGAAGAAGAAUCUAUUUUAUCCCGUGGCAAAAUCAGUCAGCAGUUUAUAUUUACAAGUAUGAAUAUUGCAUUGAUGUAUUGUGCAUUAUACUUCAGUUGCGAUUCAUUAAAUCUGAACUAGAAAAUUGGAAUCUUUGUGUGAACUUUGAGGAUCAAUUGAUAUUUGUGUAAACUGCUAUUCAUGUAUUUCUGAUUAAUUAGGGACAAAUAAAAGUAUUAAAUGUUUGAAUAAAUGACAA